AUGGCACUUCUCGGCGACGACGGUCGUGGCUUCGAUCUGGCGAGGAGACUAGAGGUUUCCGGCGUGUGGCGUACAUGGCUCGGCGAUUCUAUUUACUUGUCCUUCCACCAUUACCUUUCCUCUCCUUCUUCUUGGGAAGCUUUUAUGCGCGUUGAUGAUUCCAAGUCUAGGUCUCAGAUUCAGCUCCAGCUCCGCGUUCGCGCCCUUCUAUUUGACAAGGCAACCGUCUCCCUCUUCCUCCGAUCCAACACAAUCGCCGCUUCAUCAUCUUCCGUUCCCGCUUCCGAUGUUUCUUCCAUCGCGGUGUCUAAGCUCAAUCCUAACUAUUUAAAGCUUCACGGAGAUGAUGUGUACUAUACUCUGGAGAACGCUUCUCUGGAAGGUGGGUUUCAGCGAGACGGAGGGAUUUGCCACAAUCCGAGUUUACCCAAGAGCCUAUCGAAGCCAAGUUUUAGCUCUGGUGCGAGAGGUAGUGAGUCUGAUUUCAGUAAUCUUUCUCAAAGGUCUAGGUUUGAGGAGUUACCGGACACUUGGUACACUCAGUUUAUUUCAAGGUAUGGUUUUAAAUACGGGAUGUCUGUUGGAGGACAAGAAUCUGACAAACGCACACCUGAAGGGAUGUCUACUUACCUCAGAGUCGUGGAUAGUCAUAAGAGAAAGCGUGCACCUUUUUUAGAAGAUCGAAGUGUGAGAAGUUCGGUUCAUAUGAGUAGUAGUAGAUCGAGUGCACAUCCAAGCUCUGGCUUCGACGGAAGCACUUCGGAAGAUGAUAUACUGUUUCUUCCGGAGACAAUGUUUAGGAUGAACUGUGUACCCGAGACUGCGCUUUCGCCGAUUGCCAGAUCACAAGACAGCUUAAAGCCAGAGCUUUAUGGGGUACUUGAUACUCUACCGCAAGUUACUACAAGGAGUCAUGUUAUGGUCGAGAGGCUUGGGAUGAUGCCUGAGUACCUUAGGAUGGAAGAAAGAGGAGCUUUGCGCCGUCAAAAAGCUGAAAGUUUGGGUUUUAGUGACGAACAAGCUGCUCAGGUGUCUCGGAAAGUUGUCGCACGCAUGCUUCUGACAAUGGGGUUUGAAGGUGCAACGGAGGUUCCCAUUGAUGUCUUCUCUCAGUUGGUUAGCAGACAUAUCUGUAAAUUAGGCCGCAUUUUGAAGCUUCUUACUGACAGUUACAAAAAGGAGUAUUCAGCGAUGCAGUUGAUUAAGAUGUUCCUUAAUACUACUGGAUAUAGUAAUCUCGGGAGUUUAGCAGAGCUUGUUAAAGAUGGCACUAGGAAUCAUCCUCCCCAAAACCAGAAACAACCACAAGUGCUUCAGCAACAGUUACAUCUGCAGCAACAAGCUGCUUCGAUGCGGUUACCGCAACAAAUGCAGCGGCAAAUGCAUCCACAGAUGCAGCAAAUGGUUAAUCCCCAAACCUUUCAGCAGCAGCAACAGCUAGAAAGAAUGCGUAGGCGUCAAGUUACAUCACCGCGACCUAAUAUGGAAAUGGAAAAGGAUCGGCCUUUGGUUCAGGUAAAGCUUGAGAAUCCUUCUGAAAUGGCAGUAGAUGGAAAUGCCUUCAACCCAAUGAACCCAAGACACCAGCAACUCAGACAGCAACAGAUUGCUGCAAUGUCGAAUCUGCAACAACAACAACAACAACAACAGCCCGGCUAUAACCAAUUUAGACAAUUGGCUUCAAUGCAAAUUCCACAAAUGCAAACACCUACAACGGGAACGGUCAGGGCUCAACCAGUUAAGGUUGAAGGAUUCGAACAACUAAUGGGAGGGGACUCUUCUCUUAAGCAUGAGUCCGAUGAUAAGCUGAGAUCUCCACCUCCCAAAUAG